AUGAACAUCCCAUCAGACCUAUCAUUCUCCUCCUACAACAUCGAUUCCGAACCCCAGAUCCUACCAGAGCUAGACGAACUAGACGAUAUACCUGAAGACGACGAACUCCACGUUCUAGAAGCACAGCAGACAGCUGAAGAUAUCCAACUAGACUUCCAACAUAGUGAAGAUACACGUGAGGCUAUUGAGGAUACAGCUAGAGAGCGACAGGAGCGGUUGAGGAAGGAAGGGGUGGUUAUUCAGCAUACUGUGCCCAAGGGGGUUAGUUUGGGGUUUAGAAGCGAUUUUGAGUAUCCUGAGUCGCCAUCUAAGAGAUACGCUCAAGAAUUACCAAUCGACCGCUCCCAAUUUACAGAUAUAACAUUCUGCCCGAGCUCGCAAGUAGCACAUAUACUGCCUUCGUCGCCACCAUUAGUAACAGCUUCGUCGCCACCACCUAAACAGGGGGAAGAGAUCGAAGAAAUGGAAGAUAAUCCAUUUUCUAUAGAAGAGGCCGAGCCUCCUAUGGACAUCGAAGAAAGUAACCCAUUCAACAUGCAAGACGACUCUACAGCUUCAAAAUCAAACGGUGAUAGUCAAUUGAGUAAUCCGUUUAGCAUGGAAGCAGCAGAGGACGAAAAAGCUAAUAACCCAUUUACAAUAAUACAAAACGAUGCGAAUAAUAAUAAUAAUGGUAAUAAUAAAAGUUACAAAACACCUGCGGAGGAAAACAUCUACGACAGAGCAUACAGCCAUCCCUUCGACAUAGAAGAAAACCUAGACGACAUAACCACCCCACGUCUCCCUCCUCAAACCAACAUAUCUUCUAAACCAAUCGACAAAGAAAACCAGAACCCGGAAGAUACUCCCUUCACUCUGGAAGAAGCAGAUCCAACCACUCCUUCAAUCUACACAGCUCCACCCACAUCCCUCCUGCAACCUACACAAUCACAACCAAAACCAAACGCCUACACCCGCACAAAAGUAGUCUCCUCCACCGGCGAAACAAUCCACAUCCUCCAACACCCUCCGAACCGUCUAAAAAUCUACCGGAACUCCCUCGUAAACUCCCACCGAUCAGAAAAAGAAAGAAACGACCCCCUCCCACGCUCCGAACGAAGAUUCUACGGUAUAGACAUCUACAACCUAAAAGAACGUAUAAAAUCCGAAGCCGAAACCGCAAGACUGCAAGCCGAAGCCGACGCUGCCGCUCGCGAAUUAGCCAAUAAAGUCCAAUCGUUGGCAAUAACCAAUAGCACCACUACAAAGUCCACAGUCAGUAGUUCUGAUAAAAAGAAUAGGAAAUUACUAUGGACGGAAAAAUACCGUGCCAAGAGAUUUACAGAUCUUUUGGGUGACGAAAGAACCCAUCGUCACAUAUUACGAUGGCUUAAAGGAUGGGAUUCUAUUGUUUUUGGAGCUGCGGCAGGGAAGAAGAACGAUAAGUCAAUGUUGAGCGAGGAACAGAGAAGUAGGAGAAUAUUACUCGUUACUGGACCACCUGGACUCGGAAAGACAACAAUGGCACAUGUACUUGCAAAACAAGCAGGGUACGAACCCCUCGAAAUCAAUGCAUCAGAUGACCGAACGGCCAGUGUGGUAAAAAACAGAAUCAAAGACGUUGUCGGGACGAAUACGGUACACAUGGGGGACGCCAAACGCGGGAAACCCAUCUGUGUGGUCAUCGACGAAAUCGAUGGUGUUACCGGAGACGGGGCUGGCGAGGGUGGAUUUAUUAAAGCAUUGGUAGAUUUAAUCGAGCAAGAUAAACGGAAUUCGGGAGACCCGGAUGCUCAGGUUAUGAAGAGGAAAGGGGGGAAGAAAGGAGAGAAAUUUAGGUUUUUGAGGCCGAUUAUUGCUGUUUGUAAUGAUCUUUACGCCCCUAGUUUGAAGUCUUUGAGACCGUUGUGUGAGAUUGUUUAUACCAAAAGGCCACCGUUAGGAUUGGUACUCGGGAGGCUGAAAGAAAUCUUCGAGAGGGAAGGGGUAGAGGGGGACUCUGAUGCUAUCAGAAGACUUGUGGAGUUAGAAGGUGGGAAUGGAAAUAUUAGCUCAGCAGAUUUCAUGGCAGAGUGGUCUGGUGACGUUAGAGGAGUUAUGGUCGCUGGAGAAUGGGCCUGCGGAAGACUAUUGAGCGCAGCAGCAAAGGAAAACCUCAAAGAACCAGCAAAGACAUCCACGAUAGGAAAAGGCAAAGGAAAAGAAAUACCAAAGAUCCGAAUGACCAAAAAAUGGGUGGAAGAAGAAUUCUCAAACGGCGGCGGACUAGGUGCCAACGACGGGGCCUCAAGCGGCGGCCGCGGCAACGGCGUCAGAGAAGUCGUAGAACGAGUCUUCCUCGAAGAAGACCCAUCUGCUUCCUCCAGCUUCGUCUCAAAAUCCACAAACAAAACCACCACCACCACCCAACAAACCCUCCCUUCAACAUCCUCAAAAUCCCGAACCAUCCAAAAACUCAGAAACCUAAUCGAAUCCUCCGGCGAAUUCGACAAAAUCAUGACCGACUGUUUUGCAAAAUACCCAACCCACCCGUUCCACGACGACCCAACCCUCACAAAACCCAACAAAGCAUACGAAUGGAUAUUCAUGCACGAUCUAUUAAACGCCAAAGUCUUCGGCGGAAGCCAAGAUUAUGAACUUACGCCUUAUCUCAGCACCCCAUUGUUAGGAUUACAUACGUUAUUCGCCACACCCGCUGCAACAACAUUAAAAGGCCGAAGAGCCUUCGGGAAGAAAGGAGGCAAUAAUAAUAACGCAGGGGAAGAAGAAGAAAUCAUACCCCCCUUCUCCGGUGCAAAAGCCGAUUUCGAAAUGAGAGAAGCGCAAAAGGCCACAAUGAGUACCUUGAGCCAAUUAAUCGGUAUACUUCCUUAUAAUCUCAUCAGAGGAUUUAAACCCGUGGAAACGGUGGCAUACGAACUAGCACCAUUCCUGAUCCAAAUCAUUCAACCAAAAGUCAACCCCGUAUUAGUCGGCGGAAAAGAUGGUCCCGGUGUGGCAAGUGUGAGAAGAGAGGUUGAGAAGAAAAUGGUGGGAAGGGCGGUGGAGGUUUUGGCGGAGUGUAAUGUUGGGUUUGAAAAAUUGAGGGUUGAGGGGGAUAGUAUGGGGAGAGGUGGCGGGUGGGUGUUUAGGAUGGAACCACCAUUCGACGCUCUAUCGAAUUACAAAACAUUCACACAAGACACACCAACCAUGACCACCCGAUUCGCAGUCCGUCAGGUCCUCGAUCAAGAACUAAGAAAAUUCACAGUUCUCCAACAAGAACGAAUUCGUCAAGAAAGGUUCGCAGCUGCAAAUCCAGGUGUGGAUAUAGGAUUAUCAGCAUCUACAAGACAAAAGGAAAAAGAAAAGGAAAAAGAAUUGAAAAAGAAUGCUGGUGGUGGUAGUAGCGGUGUUAAACGAGAUUUCUUUGGUAGGAUUAUAGCCCAAGAUGAUGGUGGUGAUGGUGAAGAUGGAGGGGAUUCGGGGAGAAGUAAGAAGAGGAAGGUUGUGGGCGUUGGUGAAGGGGCGAAGAUUUGGUGUAGUUUUAGAGAAGGGUUUAGUAAUGCGGUUAAGAAGCCGAUUACUUGGGAUGAACUUAUGGCGGGGCUUUGA